AUGUCGGACGGUGAUCCCUCAAUACAUAUGAAUAAUUUGGAUUUGGACCCUACUGCCGUCAUGUAUCAUCAUCAUGCAGACAACCUCGGGUCCAUGAAUAGGGUCUUGUCAGCCUCGCAGGCCGACCAAAGUUUAUCUGAUAAUUUAAUGAGCGACAUGUUACAGGAUAAUUUGUUUAAUGAUUUUGAUGGUUUACCUGAUAUGAACAUGAACAUUGAUAUGAAUACUCUUGGCGACAAUGGCAACAUUCCAAAAUCUUUCACGCCGCUCAACAAUUUGAUGUCGCAGACCGGAAAUGACCAAACCGAUGACGCGGGAAAGGCUCUAACAAAUGUCGGGGAUAGUCAGAUGGGAGAAGUUGGUGCAGGACCGUUACCCGCAGGCUUUGGCGCUCAGCCUUCACUCCCCAGUAGCAGCUCAGUUAACGAUUUUACCAAACGAAGAAAUUGGCCACAAAAGGUUGUCGAGGAGAUUAAGGAUUUUAUGCACGUAUUAACCCCCAAUGGAAAGCUGGUGUAUGCGUCUCCUAGCUGUCAUGCCCUCACUGGAUAUACGCCCGAGGAACUCGCGGGUAAAUUCAUUCAGGAUUUGAUACAUCCGGAUGAUAGUGCAAUGUAUCUUAGGGAGUUCAACGAAUCCAUCGCGUCAGGCAAUCCACUACGCUUCUACUACCGAUUUCACAAGAAAGACAAGACGUUCAUAAUUUUCGAGUCGCAUGGACAUGCUCAUUAUGCAUCGACAGCCCCUCCAUCGACCACUCAACAGUCACAAGCAGAAACCGCAGAUUAUUGCAGAGGAUUUUUUAUGAUGGCACGGGAAUAUCCAACAAAAAACGCUAUUUUAUUGGAUUCAUUUUUGGAACACAAAACCGAGUUUGAGCGAAUGUCGAAGAAGAUUAGGGAUCUCAAGAGAGAAGAGGAGGAAGAAUACGAAGAUAGUGAAAGAAAUUAUCAUAAGCAACCAUCAGAUUCAUCUGAGACGAUAACCACAGCCAUGAGCACAUCUAUGCCUAUCGAUCCAAGCCAUCCUGAUUUUAUAGCAAUGCCUCCUCCAGCGAGGCCGGAUAUGUCAUAUAGCACUUUGACCAAAGCGAAUCUCGAGGAUGCAAGUUCUGGUAGCAAACCCGAUUCCAUGAAAGACAAAAUGAUGAGAUAUGAGGGCGUGGAUAGCAUAGAAAUGCUCACUGGGUUACAAUACCGAGAAGGUGAAAGAAGUCAAGGGAUCAGCACUGGUGACCAUAGUCCAGCUUUGAUUAGAGGUGAUGCUGGGAUUGCCAUACCAGCUGACAAGGAUGGCCGUUCAGGAGACAAAAAGAAGAAGAUGAAGCUGGUCGAUGAAUAUGUUUGUACGGAUUGUGGUACUCUGGAUUCACCAGAAUGGCGCAAAGGUCCUCAAGGUCCCAAGACGCUUUGUAACGCUUGUGGUCUUCGUUGGGCCAAGAAGGAAAAGAAACAAAAGCCGGAGCCUUUGAAUCCUUCUGCGGGACCUUGA